AUGGUGCUGGUCCGGCGGCCCCGCCCCCCGCACACGGAUCACCGCCCCCGGCCGCCCGCCCGCCCCCGCCCGGCCGUGCCGCUGCCAGGCAACCGGCAGGCCCCGCCCCCGCGCCGCCCUUCCCAUUGGGGAGGAGGCGGAGGCGCGGCGCGGGCCGCGGCCCUGGGAACAGCCUGGGGGCCGGGCGACAGCCGGGCUGGGGGCGGGGCGGCGUGGGCCGGAGGCGCUGGAGGAGGGGAGCGGAAGGUGGGGGAGCGGGGGUGCUGCGGCGAGCGCGCGUGGGGGCGGCUCUUCGCGGAGUCGCGAGUCGGGGCGGCCUUUGGGCUCCGCUCCCUGCAGGCGGCGGGGGCGGGUGCUGCGGGCGGCCGUGCGGGCGCGAGGACGGACGGAGAGACCGCCCGGCCCAGACCCGGAGUGUCGGAGGACAGUCGCUUCCACGCGUCCUCGAGCGCAGGUGCCCCGGGGGACGCAGACCUAGAGCCGGCUGUGGACAGAGCAGGACUAAGGUCUGAAAGCCCCGGGGGAGUGCGGAGGCCCACUCGGCCUGGGCUGUGGGUGGCCUCCGGGGGUGCGGAGCGGCCCCACUGUCCCGCGUGGUCAUGGACGUCUGCCAAGACUAGCCUGCAUGUCCCUGGUUACCUCUGCGGGCUCCGUGUCGUCUCCACCGGGGGCUCCUCCUGCAGGGGCCUCUCUUGGGCCAGGUGUGGGAUUUUGCCAAAUGCCUUCCUUGCCUCUGCCGAGGGGAUCGUCGUCAGACCGCCUCCUCCCGUCCGCCGAUACUGAGUCACCGACCGAUGUCCGCGCGCUGAGCCGACCGUACGUUUCCCGCGCAAACCCCGCGUGAUUCAGCCCAGAACCGCCAUGCCGGGAUCAGGACCCGCUCGUACACACUCCUGGCUCGCCUGGCUCCCCUCAUGCCGGAUGCGGGUGGAGCUCGCGGGGCAGCGCUCCAUCGGCGGCUUUCCCUGAGUCUGGCGGAGGCGCGGGGAUGCCUGCACUCGGCGUCUGGACCCCCCGGAUGCUCAGUGGACACGAGCGUGCGGCCCAUCCUCGCAGCCUCGACGAGCUGCCUGGUGUGUGGCUUCCGAGAAAUUUGUCCAUUUCUUCAAGACUGAUGAAUUUACACGCAUAAAACUAGUAUUUCCUUAAUGUCCUUCUAAUGUCUAUAGGGUCUCUAGCAGUGGUUCCCUUUCAUUCCUGAUGUAACGGUGCCUCCCUUCCCUGGUCAGUCUGGCUCGGGCUCAUCAAGUGGACUGAGCUUCCCAAAUAACUCUUUUUGCUGUCAUUGAUUUUUUUCUUUCACGUUUUUGUCUUCAUUGAUUUCUGCUAUGAUUUCCUUUGUUCUCACUAUUUUGGAUUUAAUUUGCCCUUUUUCUAAUUAAUUAAGGUGAAAGUUUGGCUUAUCGAUUAGAAAGUUCCCUUUUAAAAAACAAUAAGCGUUUAGUAUCAUGAAUUUCUCUGAGGAAAAAAAGCGGUACUUCAGCUGCAGUCCACAAACGUUCAUGUGUUCGUGCUUGUUCAGUUUAAAAUAUUUUCUAAUUUCUCUGGAAUUCCUUUUCCCCCCGUAACUGUAUCUGUGCAUCUUUCACGAUCGGUCAUUGAUUUCCAGAGUCAUUACAUGGUGGUCUGAGAUCCCAUUUUGUAGGAUUUCAGUUUUUCCUUAAUUUGUUCAGGUGGCCGGCACGGCCCAGGACACGGUGCACACUGGCGUGUCCCGUGUCACGUGACGAGAAGGUGUGCUCUGCUGUGGGCGACUCGGCCCGGCCGGUCUGUACCCUGGAGAGGCUGGCUGCGUGUCUAGCCUCCGAGAGACGGUCCGUCCUUCGGUUUUGCCGGGUUUUGCUUCCUGAGUGUUGAAGUCCUGUGGUUUGGGGAUACGCACCUUGGGCUGCAAUGCCUGCCUUUGUCACGUAAUGUCCCCCAUCUCUGGCGAUAUGCGUCUUGAAGUCCGCGCUCUCUGGUGCUGACAUGACCACGUCAGCUUUCCCGUGAUACGUGUCUCCGAGAGGUAUUUUCCCCAUCUUUCUCUUUUUUUACCUGCCUUUACGUUAAAGUGGGUUUCUCUGAGGUACCAUAAUCAGG